AUGGCUUUACUGGAAUUAGCCGACGAACUCCUCGCGCUCAUCGUCGACCAUACGAUUCCAGAGGGUUUCGAGAGCCUAUGUCUGUCCUGCCGCAAGUUCCACACGCUUUGCAAGCCCUUGCUCAAGCACCACAACGAACUCCGCUCGCACUUUCGCAACUUCGAUUAUCUUCUCAAGGACAAAUACCCUUCCCUCACCAUCAGGACGCCGUUUGAACUCAUAGCCCGAAUCGCUGAAGAGCCAGUUGUUGCGCGCUACAUCGAGCAUGCAGAUUUCAAGGCGGACCUUCGGCUACCUGUUGGCGGACGCCUCUGGAUCAUGGAAAGGGAUGGCUAUCGUCCUGAGACCGUUCGCGACUUGUUUGCCAGUUCCAAGUACUUGUCAGGCAACGAAUGGCGGGACUACUUCGAAAAGUAUGAACGAGGUCUGGAAGACAACCAAUAUACUCAGGCUGCCUCGUCGUUUCUUCUAACACUGCUGCCCAACGUCAAGACCGUGGUUCUUCCCUUUCGCUGGACUCACGACAAAGAAACCGAUAAGCUUUUUGAGGCCAUCGUCCACCACGCGCGUCUACCAAACGCCACUUCGACCAAUGCCAGUCUCGCUCUAGUUACUACUCUGAAGACUGGGUCCUCAUUUGCGAUGCGGCAAGGCCUUGUCCUGAACAAGAUCACUCCGCUCCUGGCCCUUCCACGCAUCCACACGUUCCACGGCCCCACCUCCAUAUCCGACAUCGAAGCCUCCGAGCCUUCUUCUCCAGGUCAAUCAAUCCCGCCCCCUGUGGGCGGAACAUUGGAAAUAGCCUAUCUGCGCGGCUGCAACCUCGAUGGUCCCGCUAUGCAACACUUCCUGCGCUACACGCCGCGCCUGAAAACGCUCGUUUAUUCCCACUCUGACAAGCAACUUAGUCGAGUUUGGGAUAUUUGCGACCUCGUUACGACUAUCGGCAAGGAAGCUGGCAGCCAUCUCGAAGAGCUGUCUAUCACAAAGCGCGAAUUUAGCGGCAAGAUCGCGCUUGGAACAACGACCAUGCGGAACUUCCCGCGUCUGCACAAGCUAGAGAUCCCUCUUGACCUUGCGACAUGCGUCAUUAGAUCCGCUGCCCACCUCGGAACGGAUCCUGCAGAUCAGUCUCAUGUCAAUCUUCUGAUGUGUGGCCUAGUCCCCGCUUCGGUCACUCGGUUGUUUCUAACAUCAGAAGAGUGGAAAAGCCGUGAUGAUGACAUCAACUCCACAACCGUGUCAGAGACAAUCGACGGGGUUCAAGUAUUUGAGGGGAGACCGCAACAGCACAAGCAAACCCUCGAAACCAUGUUUCACGGCUUUGCUGAGAAAAAGGACGAGCAGUUACCUUGCCUCAAAGAAAUACGCAUGUCUUGCCAUUGGUCUGCCGACGAAGCUUUGAAAGCCCGAUGCGAGAGCUUGCGCGCUGAGGUGGAAAUUGUGGGCGUGGAAGCUCACAUUCAUGCUAAUCGGUGGACGCAAGCGAUGGAUUAUGCGGGGAGAUCGCCGUAG